AAGAAAGAACAAAAAACUAGGUAUUGUGAUUUCACUCAUUCAUCAUUCUUCAGACACAGUGAAGAAGUCAUUCGAGACAGACUGUUGUAAGCUACUGCUUACCACAGUCCAAACCUAUCUUUUUACAAUGAAACCGUUGUGGCUUAGUGCAACUGUGGCAAUUUUCACUAUUCUCGGCGCAACAACCCCUUGCAGCGAGGGUGCCAAAAUUUUGCUCGUCUCUUCUUUCCCCGGCAAGAGCCACUGGCUUACGUUCGAGCACGUUGUGAAAGAACUGCUCGAAAGGGGACACGAAAUAACUGCCAUCACCAACUACCGGCUAAAACGAUCAUCCAAUCACACGAAACGAUAUCGAGAGGUGCUGAUCGAUCCUGUGUUUGACUUCGAAAAUGAUCUACCGAUGGAAUCGUAUUAUCGUACGAUCUUCACGAGUCCGUUCUACAAGUUGAAGAUCCUUUGGUGGCUUGGGCUGGCAACGACGCGGCAUGCAUUGGAGAGUAAUAAUGUGCAACAGUUCAUGCGUGAAGAGGGCUUGCGAUUCGAUGUGGUGAUCGCAGAACAGUUUGCCCAAGAAAGUUUGCUGAUGUUUGGACAUAAGUAUAGUGCCCCAAUAGUUACUAUAAAUACCCUAGGCUAUACUGAUUACAUCGAUCGUUCAUUUGGGAUUAUAACUCCAUUGUCAUUUGUACCUCACUUUUUCACCGAGUUUACUGAUGAAAUGAAUUUCUACGAACGUUGCUAUAAUGUAGCUGUGACUGUAUACGAUUGGUUUUAUCGAGUGUUUAUCUAUCUGCCGGAACAUAACGCCAUAGCAAAAAAGUACUUCACUGAAUCAAAAAAUCCCGCUGAAGUACUCCCGUCAGUUGAGGAAUUGGAGCGAAAUGUGAGCAUGAUAUUGUCGAAUAAUCACAUAAUUUCUUUUCGACCCCGACCAAAAAUGAUUGGAAUGGUGGAUAUAGCAGGUCUUCAUAUACGACCACCAAAUGAUCUUCCUCUCGACAUUAAGAAAUUUAUAGAAUCAACCUCACGUGGAACCAUUUACAUCAACUUUGGAACAUUUCUGCGCAGCUCGGCAAUGCCUAUUAAAACCCUGGAAGUAUUCCUUCAAGUUUUCCGCAAUUUACCGCAAUACAAACUUCUCUGGAAAUGGGAAAGUGAUGAAAUUCCGAAUCUUCCGUCAAACGUCCUGCUGCGGAAAUGGAUCCCGCAAAACGAUGUCCUCGCUCAUCCCAGUAUAAAGCUAUUUAUUACUCAUGGAGGUAUUUUCGGGGCCCAGGAAGCGAUUCGAUGGGGUCGUCCCAUGCUGUUUGUUCCGUUCUACGGAGAUCAACAUGGAAAUGCGAUGAAAUUACAGAGAGCGGGUAUCGGACUGACAAUGACUAUUGCCAACAUAACUGUCGAGGAAUUUGAAGGCAGAGUACGGCGUAUUGUGGAAAAUCCCAACUUCCAAAAUGACGUCAAUCGUUUGUCAAAACUGUUCACGGAUAAUCCUACAGAUCCUCUGGAAGAGGCUAUAUUCUGGAUUGAGUACGUUGUUCGACAUCGAGGCGCCACCCACUUGAAGUCAGCUGCUGUGAAAAUGCCGUGGUAUCAGUAUUUACUUUUAGACAUAGCGGCCGUAGCUGCUGGAAUUUUGCUUACGAUUAUAUGGCUGGUAAAAUACUUAUUUAUUAAGGCUUGCGGCUUGAAAUCAGAUAAAAAGGUUUCUAAAAAGGAUAAAAAGCUGUAGAACAUUGUGAUCAAAAAUUUAUUAUUUGUUCGUAUAUAAUAUUCUUAGGCUUGCAUUUUUUUUUACAAAAUACGCAAAAAUUAUUCAACGAAUUGAAGUGAAGUUAAGUUAGAUUCUUAAACUUUAAUAGGCCAAGCAAAUACAAUCAUUUGUUUAUUUUUAUUAUAUUUUUUUAAAGAUUUAUUAUCAUGAGUAUUUACUCUAAUGCGAGUUCUUCACUUAAUACAUUCAUAUAGUAAAGCCUGUCCACGUUAAAUUUCGGACACCUAACUUCCCGCGUGAUUUUUUUCAAAAUUCUACAAACCACUGACACGAACCAUUUACAUGUAAGCUAAAUCAAUUCGCUUCAUGUGCUUCUUUUAGCAUGUUUUGGUUGUCGUCCACAUUGAUGAACUGGCGGAAAAACAAUUGGACAUUAUUUGAGUGUCCGAAAUAUAACGUGGACAGGCUUUAUAAUGAAUAAAAUAUUAUUUCCAUAAUUAGAACUAACUGCUUAAACAAACUCUGCGAAUUCUUUAUGUUAGUAAUCGCCACAGUCAAACCGUGGAGGUAGCCCCCAUUUCCGCGCUACAUCAAAUCCAUUUCGCGACAAUUACGCGCGACUUAAAACUAGAUUCUAAGCAAAUACGCGUAAAACAUCAAUUUUUUUAUCAAAAUUUACUGAACGUCUUUUCAAGUUGUUUUUUUAUAAUUCUUAUUCUUCAAUGAUUGUACAUUCCAGCAGCAACUUGGCCUGCUUUUCAAUUUAGCAUUCUAUUAGAAUUUCCUCUACAUACUAAGUAACCUGCAGUUAGUCA